AUGGCGCCGAACAGAGGGCCCGACGAUGUCCAGCAAGACGAAGAUAGUCUUGUCAACGACGUUGGAAAUUUAUCAAUAGACACUGCGUCUCGGCCAACAGACGAGGAAGUUCCACCACAUCUGUCUCACGACCCAGCCAGCAACGCGAAGCGUUCUGACCCAUUUCAAUUCGGCCAGCGUUAUCUCAAAGAUGAGGACGACGUCUUUGAGUUCAACGCGUGGGACCAUGUCACCCCGGACGCAGAGCACUACGAGUUCUGUGAGGCCCAAUACGCCAAGCAAAGGGCUGCCCCCGUAUCCUCGUACGACAAGAACCGCUUCAACUCACAGCCCGAGAAAUGGUGGGAUCUGUUCUACAAGCAGAAGACGAGUACAUUCUUCAAGGACAGGAAAUGGCUUGUCCAAGAAUUCCCCAUUCUGAGCGACAUAACGAAACCCGAUGCUGGGAAGAAGGUUCUUCUCGAAGUUGGAGCAGGGGCCGGCAACACCGCAUUUCCUGUUAUGCGAAUGAAUCAGAACCCGCAUCUUCAAGUGGUUGCAGCUGACUUUAGUAAGAGAGCUGUCGAGACAAUGAGGAGUGCCGAAGACAUUGAAGCCAAAGUGGGCAAAGUCAGGGCGGAGCAGUGGGAUGUCACAGGAGAAGUGCUGCCUGAAGGCCUGGAGGAGGGGAUCUGUGAUAUCGUGGUUAUGAUCUUCAUCUUCUCGGCACUCACUCCAGCUCAGUGGACAAACGCGGUGAAUAAUGUCCACCGUCUACUCAGACCCGGUGGCUAUGUCCUCUUCAGAGACUAUGGACGAGGAGAUCUGGCUCAGGUAAGAUUCAAGGCUGGACGGUGGAUGGACGAGAACUUCUAUGUGCGGGGCGAUGGCACCCAGGUCUACUUCUUCGAGAAGGAUGAAUUGGAGAGUAUCUGGGGGCAAGACUUCAACGUGCUCGACCUAGACGUUGAUAGGAGGCUGAUCGUCAACCGCCAGCGCAGGAUUAAGAUGUACCGGUGUUGGAUACAAGGCCGCUUCCAGAAGCCCGAAGUAACUUGA